AGCCUUACCAUCAUCAUGCCGUUGCUGUGUCUGUACAUCGCCGUAGCCUCCCUGGGAUUGGCAACAGCCCCCCCGCCUCCGAACAUAGCACUGAACAGACCAACAGGUUCGUCGAGCGCGUUUCCAUUUUCAGGUGUUACUUAUGGCCCAUCUCGAGCUGUUGAUGGAAACAUAGACCCCAAUUUCUUAAAUGGGAGCUGUUUUAGCAGCGACGUUAACGACAUCGAACCCUUCUGGUAUGUGGACCUUGAAGCGUUCUACGUCAUCGACUCUAUCACCCUUUUUAACAGAGGAGAUUGCUGUGAGGAGCGUAUCAGAAAUAUAACUAUCGAGGUAUUUGACCGUUUCCCAUUCACGGAAACACCCGAGGUGUGCGGACUGGUCUCAGGUGGCGUUCCAGCUGCCGGAACUAUAGCUAUCAUUUGUCCAGACUAUGUGGUCGGUCGUUACAUUCGGAUAUCUAAAAUGGCACUUGAUAAUUUCGACACCCUCCAGUUCUGUGAGGUACAAGUCCAGGGAUCGGCGUUAGCUUGUCCGGCCGGAUAUGAACAACUAGAUCGCUACUGCUUCUAUAGUUCCUGCUUCGCGACUACAUUCGCUCAGGCUCAGGAGUACUGCAACGUCCUCUUCACAGAUCUGGCAGAAAUUCGCACAACCGACAUGAACAACUUCGUCACCUCCAUCUUACCCGCCUACCCCAAAGAUGCCAACUACUGGAUUGGUGCUACCAACAUGGAAGACAAGGAGACCUGGCGGUACCUGUACGGAGACGCGGUCUAUCCGACCAACUUCACCUAUCCCCUUCUGAACGGGACCAGCCACAUGACGCCGUUUCUGGGCCUCUCCGACUCACAGGUGGUGGGCAACGACCCGAGGUCUGACAACUGCGCCCUGCUACGUUGCAACGACAACGGGGACUACCUCUGGGACCGACAAAGCUGCAACUCCAAGGAGUACUUCCUUUGUUGCGGUGUUCUUUCCACUGACAAUUAAGAUAGCAUUGUUACCUCCAGCUUCACUUUCGACUCAGUUCUGUAUCUCCGUCAGUUUAUCUCUUGUGGUUUAUCUCUCUCGUACAAUAUCAGCUAAUUUACUCAGUAUAUAAUGUCCGUACACAUUGUCGCUUGAAAUGUAAUUUGAAAUAAAUGCUAGCAAUUUCAAA